AUGCCAAAUCUCAUAAAUGGCUUAAAAGAUAUGUCACUUCCGCUCAUUCUUCUCAUUCGACCAAAAUAUAUGUCCAAUAAGUUUGAGCCCAAUCUUGUGGUCCAUUCUUUCGGUCAAAUUGAAGACUUUGUUCGCCAUAAUUAUUACGGAUUGGUUGGUCUUCGGACUCAUUCACACAUCAAUUAUAUUAAGUCAGCGUCAGCCGAUUUAUUCUUGAAGAUCGCGAUUCCAAUCCAUUCGUCCAAAGGAACUUGCAACGCGAUGUCCAUAGCCGUGACCUGGAUGUCCGUACCCGUGAUGUCCGUGAUGGCCAUGGUGACCAUGGUGACCAUAAUGCCCAUGGUGGCCAUGAUGACUAUGGUGGCCAUGAUGACCAUGACCGGGGUGUCCGUAGCCAUGAUGUCCAUGAUGUGGAUGGCCAUAAGGACCAUACGCGGGAUGUCCGUAAUGGGAGUGAUGUCCCCCUUCGUAGUCGUAAUCCAUAUAUUGAUAACUUAA